CCCCCUUGCUUAACACAACUUCCCUCUGUACUUCAUCGUCUCGGAGAGACCACAAUGGUCUCAUUAGCCGUACUCAUAUCGCCGUAGCAAAGGUCGCGCUCAUCAUAUUUGCUCAAUCAACCACGUCAUGGUAUCUCAGCCUCUGGCGGCAGCUAGGCCGUCCUACGCUGACGCAAAGGUUCUCUUCGUAUCCAACAACUUCGGAACUUCACUCACAAGGAUCAAUGCAGUGUCUAUCGUCUCAAUCGCCAGCUAUGCGCUCUUCGCUUCCCUAGUGAGGUACUCGGCAGCUCUGGCUGCGAAUACGAGCGACCACUCGGCAGGCAAUUCACUCGAGCAUUGGAUCCUCGAGGUGCGGACACAGUACCAAAGAUGUCUCUCGGGCAGCAAGACGCAGGUGUCAAUGCUGGUCGCAAUCGAGGCAGUCAUCUUCAUCCUGCCUCUUUUGCUGAGUUUGACAGUUUUCAGCAGCACUGGGACUGCCACAGCCUUGUCCCUGUUCCUCUUCGCUCUAGCCGCCGGCUUCUAUCAACAAUCGCAGCAACUUCAAUCCACUAGGUCAAAGAAGAGACGCUCUUCCGACGACGAAGACUCUGCGGACGACACGACAACAUUACACUCGCAGUCAGAUCUGCAUGAUGGGCGAGACCAAUUGCGAAACCGAAGGGCGCCGGCCAAGGCGGCUCAUCGUAGAGCGCCCUCGCGGUCUACCAAGACCUACUCCGAAUCAGACGACGACGAGCUCGAGGCCGAGCUGGUGGAGAAGAGGAGCAUACAGCAUAGGAGGCUCGCCAGCGAGUCGAAUGAGAUGCGCGUUUCGGUAGAAAGUGCAGCAGAUCAGGCAUGGAACGCAGCAAAUCCGCCGCAGAGCUGGACCGAGCCAGAGGCAGCAGGGAAAAGCGAUGCAUCGCUGUCGGGCAGUGACUUCCGGGGGCGAAGGAGAGACCCAAUAGACCGCGGCAGUGGCAUCAAAGACGCCUCACAGGAUCACGAUCCAUUCCUGACGAUCUAUCGGUCACAUAUGAUGCUCAUCACAAUAGCCUGCAUCUUGGCAGUCGACUUUCCAAUCUUCCCGAGGGAGCUGGGCAAGUGCGAGACGUGGGGAGCUAGCCUAAUGGACCUCGGAGUAGGCUCCUUCGUCUUCUCUCUCGGCGUAGUGUCCGCUGGACCAUACCUCAAGCCGACGAGACCGUCCUUGCUGUCUAUCCUCCGGAGGGACAUGACCAAGUCUUUGCCCUUGUUCGCUUUGGGCAUGAUCAGAGUCAUCUCGGUCAAGAUGACUUCCUACCCAGAGCAUGUGACAGAGUAUGGCGUGCAUUGGAACUUCUUUCUCACUCUGGCCGCAUUGCCCAUUCUCAAGACAGGGAUAGAAGCCAUGCGGAGAGUCGUGGGAGGGAGAUGGAGUACGUGGGGCUUGAUGAUUGGGUUCUUCCAUCAGAUCUUGCUCUCAUUUACCCCACUUCAGGCGUACGUCCUCUCCUCGACACCGCGAACGGUCUCCCUCUUGGCCGCCAAUAGGGAGGGCAUCUGCUCCGUUCCAGGCUACCUUUCCAUCCUCCUUCUCUCAGUAGACCUAGGCCUCUACAUUCUCCCACGGACAGAUCCGUACCAAGCCUUUCGACGGGUCUCCUUGGAGGAGGUGGAGGAACGCAAGAGACACAACAGGGUAGGUAGUGAUGGGAGAGUAGAUCUCAAGGCGAUUCAGAGCCAAGGCGUGAAGAAGGAGGGCAAACGUCUCGCAAGUCUCACGGCCAUUCUAGGCUCUUGGGCUAUCAUUUACUGGUCGCUCCACCUCUUGGUCGCCUUCUGCCUCUCCCUCUCCUUCCCAACUCUCGCUUCGGAUCUGGCGCUGGGAGAGCGAGCAGAUGGGCUGCAGAUGAAGACGUCCAUCAACUUGGCCAUAUCCCGGCGAUUGGCAAACAUGCCCUACGUGCUGUGGGUAGCAGCAUUCAACGUCUCCUUCCUCGCAGCAUACACGAGCGUCUACUGGCUCUUCCUACUACCAGUAAAGUGGUCCUCCCUCUCCGCUCAAGAGCACGACAGCAGGCACGGGCAUGGACACGGGUACGGAUCUCCGCCCCUCCCAUCUCUCCCACUCACCCCACACCUCUUCAACCUAAUCAACGAUCAUGCCUUCCCCAUCUUCCUGCUGAGCAACAUCCUCACCGGUCUAGUCAAUCUCUCACUCUCGACAAUGUACACCUCGCACCUCGUCGCCUUUGUCGUACUCGUGGCGUACAUGCUCGCCGUGUGCAUCGGCGGACCAGUGUGGAUCUUGCCGCUUGUUGGGUUGGGCGGGGUGGGGGAGGAGGAGGAGGGAGGGAGAGGAAGAGGGAGAGGGGUGAGAAGAUGGGUGGAGUGGCUUGUUGGGAGGAGGUGAAGACGACGGGGAGCAAAUGAAGACGACGGGGAGCAAAUGUCGGAGAGAUGGCUGUAAACAGUGGGUAUGACUUGAGUAGACAAAUGUGGCGAGUCAGAAGACAAUAAGAACAAAAGGUCGAAUGCAAUUUCCCAAGGCACUUAUAGACAGGUAUGAACAGUACAGAUCCAUAGUAUGAUACAGAAAGCAGGAAGAGGAUACGGUAUGCAAAUGCAAAUGCGAAUGCGAAUGCGCGAG